AUGAGCUCAUGGCCGCGUCCUUUGAUGAAUCCAUCGCAUGUAGGAGGGGCGUAUCAUGCGUAUGCGAACUCACCUUCGUCGUCGUCGUCGUUGUCCGGUGGUCAAGGAGGGGUACGGAGUCGAAUCUCGCAUGCCGCAAUUUGGAAAACGUUGACAGUCAGUUCAGAGGUUGAGGAGGCUGAUUUACAAGGCGUUGAUGGGUUGAAUCCUCGUUUGCAGCUGGCGGUGUUGGUCUUUCUGCUGUGGAUUGCGCCCUCCCCACUUGGACCUUCCCGCCUAGGCCAUCCACCACCUCCGUCGCUCCCGGGUGUCGGCGACCUUGGCGGUGUCGAACCACUGGAUCACGUCUCUCAAGAAGGAACGUCUUCUCCGCCUCCUCCCGGAACUCAAGCCCCUUCCAUAACCGAAACUUGCCCCGUUUGUUCGCCCUCCGACGACCUCUGUGCGAAAUGGGGCUCCCAAGUCCUCCUGCGGUCGCGCAUUUACCGAGGCACGCUCCAUCGCUUCGGCCCCUUUUUCGACAAACUCGCCCUUGGGGAGGACGUCAAGAUUGGUUUGUUGGGGGGUAGCAUCUCGCAUUGCGUCGAUUUGAGUAAGAAGGAUUGUUAUGAGACUCGAUUGGCUCAAGGCUUGAGCAAAGAGUGGGGGGUCAAAGUGGAGGUCGGUCCGGUUCUGGAGGCAGAGUGGGGGAACCUUAAUUUUUUAUUUCGGCUGAUCACAGCCCCCUUUUACUUCUUUCGCGUUCCCCACCAGAUCCUCAACGGCGCCCUCUCGGGCAUGGGAUCCAUGUUUUUUGAAUCAUGUUGGGCCUCGCACUUUCUGAACCGCGUCGACCUCAUGCUCGUCGACGUCAGCGUCAAUGACGUGAUGACCUCGCUCAAGAACCCUUCCUUCGACGCAUUGUUGAGGUCCUUGUUAAGUCACGACGACCGUAUGGCCGUUUUGGUUUUAACACUGUUCUCGCCCUUGAUCGGGUGGAGGGAUGGAUCGGCUCAGGUCGAGAGUAUUGCGCAGUAUUAUGAUGUGCCGGUACUCAGGUGAGUUAGGACCGUCAGGAGCUCCCACGAGGUGACCGCAACUCAAUUCGGUCACUUCCUAUACCGUGUCUCGCAGUCAAAAGAACGUCGUCAUCCACCACCGGAGACAGAACCCUGCUCCCGAAAUCACCACUCUCAAAGACACGGAAGCGACGACCGAGUUCGACCAGUGGUACAACCGCGCCAACGCCGAACCCAAAGAUGGAACCGAGCCCGUCACGGUCGCGUUCCCUCCGGGUCAUCAUCCGGGACCUAAAGGGCACGAGUUGAUCACGGAUUUGAUCACCUCGUUCUUGAGGCACGAGAGGUGCGUUCAUGAGAGGGAUCGUGGGGUUGAGGUAGUGAGGGGUUCGAUGCGCGAGUUUGACGUCUUGGACAUGGAUAUCCCCGAGGUGAGUUCGUCAAGGUGGGGGGAAGGCCGGACUUGGUUGGCCCGGAUGAUCUGACUGCGGUCUGCUCUUGCACGCCAGUGGAGCGCCUAUGCCCUAAUCGAUGGACGUAAAGCCUCAGUCGCACCUUCCCUAACCUGCUAUUCCGCGACACCCACCACCACAACUCCCUUCCGCAUCCUCUCCCAGCGAGGCGGUUGGACCCCAACGCACUGGAAGAACAAGUACUACCUCAUGGCCGACAAGCCUGGCGCUCAUAUCGUUUUCGAAGUCAACGUCCCCGAGAGUGCGAUCGUGCAACUCAUGUAUUGGAGGAGUAGUACAGUACCGCUGGGCAGCGCGAUGGCCUGGUUCGAUGAUGAGGAUGAUAAGGUUGAGAUGCUGAGAGGCAAAUGGCUUGAGAAGGCGACCGUGCCUGCGUAAGUUUUCAACGGGCUGACCACUUGGAAGGUGUGAUGAAGAGAGUGUACUGACCCACGAGUUGGUUCCUCCUUGUAGGUUGGCUCGAUUCAUGUUACCGGCGGAAUGGGCGGGUAAGAGGAGGAGGUUGCACAUCUCCGUCAUGGACCAUACCGAGACGGGCUCGCACGAGUUUCGCCUCUCGACGCUCAUUUACUAG